AUGGCCUCCAACGUGACGUCCUUCAGCACUCUCAGGGCCCGGUCCUAUAUCUUUCGGCUACCUCUUUUUACGCGCAUCGUGUUGCUCGCAAUUGUGGCAGCAUGGGCUGCCAGCUUACAACCGGCUUGGGACGUGAAGCAAUGGGGCGCGUUGAUCCCAGACCAGCUGUCCUUCACGUCGUCGUACCGAAUGAAUACAUAUCCCUUCGUUCAUGUUAAUUUCGUCCAUGUCAUCCUCAACCUUGUCGCCUUGACACCGUUACUGGAGCGAUUCGAGGCCGAGUUCGGUACCCUGACGUCUAUUGCGCUGUUCAUCGGCCCGCUCUCAACGAUUCCGGCUGUCGUAUACGUGCUGAUCGAGCGAUUUCUCUUCAAGGGCAAUGUUAGUGUUAUGGGCGCUAGCGUAUGGGUCUUUCUUCUUCUCGGAAUGGAGGCUAUCCGCACAUACAAGACGAACCCUUACUUGACGAUUGCGACCCACUCCAUUCCUACAUGGACAACGCCAUUGAUCCUCGUUCUGGUCGUUACAGCGCUCGUUCCCGGCACGAGUUUGCUAGGCCAUCUAUGUGGUGUUUUGGUUGGAUAUCUUUUCGGUCUCGGAUAUCUUAAGUUCCUGAGCCCACCGGAGAAGGCGUUGCGGUGGGUUGAGUCGAAGCUGAACCUCUUGGGACGUCUGCCUCACUACGUAAGCGUCGACCAGAAGACGUACGGUCGUUUCGGUGUCUUGCCCUCCAGCAGCCACCCUCCCGGUACAAGCGCGCCCAUUGCUCUGGUGGGCAGCACGCAGAGACUCGGUCCUUGA